CAUCACAGUUCAGUCUGCGUUCGGGUACUGAAAUGUGCGCUUUAUGCAGCUCCCACGACCUUUGAAAGUGAAGCCAAGAGCACCAGUAUUAUAGUUUAAUUUCUUGUGCGGUUGCUGGCAAGAGUACAAGAUAUUAAGGUGGUUCACGUUUACAAGUGCAAGAUAAUUGAGUGCAUCAUGAUCCCACUUUAAUUAUUCCACAUAAACAGGAGGAAUGUUAAAGGGAGGAUGAAUGGGAAAUUUCCCGGAAUACGUGUAAUAAUGUGAUAUGCUACCUACAUAUGAGUGAAAUGGUAUUUUAGCGUCUAAAUUAAUAACAUAUAAAUUGCAAAAUAAGUCUUAUAUGGCGGGUAGAAAAAAAGCGCAGCUCCAGGAAGUGUGGGUGAUACCACUAUGUUAAUGACUUUGCACCAUUUUCUCCCUCUCUCACAGUUAUAAUUGAUGCAAUUCCGCACAAGAUUCCCAAACGCAGGAGUGUUGUUAGUUGAAAGUGCACACUGUGAGUUAUGGGACAAUACGACUACUGCACAGUGGAUUCGAGUGUUGCUGUUAACACUAGGAAAUGUGCCAUCAAUCUACUUUAGUCAUAAAAUAGUGGUGAAAGAGACGCGGUGAAUGUGAGUGCAAAAGAAAAGGCUGUGUUUAGUAGAGCUUCGAGAUACAUACAUAUAUAGCACAUACACAACAUAUAUAGAGGAAGCGAGUGUGGAAAGCACAUGUUAAGUGACAUGAGAGGGUACUGGUGGCACAAGAGUUAAGCAGCAUCUUUAUUAAAUUCCAUCGCGAACCGACACAAGUGACGGAGGUUAGGCGAAGCGGAAGGAAUAAAAAUGAUGCUGAAUCAGGAGCAUUUCUUUGACAAUUUCUCAAAUAAUUCCCUACUCUUGGACGUACUGGCUGCUAAUGCUACUUCCAGUGCGACCGUGUCCACACUCUGGAGUGACAAUAUACUCGUCAACUGCAGUCACAAUGACAAUACAACACAAUUCCCAAUUGUCUAUGAAAGCAACUACCAGGGAAUGUCACCAUGUGAUCCAGGCAAUCCCUAUUUUAACUGCACCGUCGAGGAGUUUCUCCAGCACGUACGUGGACCGAAAACUUUACCACUGCUCAUGGCACUUAUGGUCACCAUUCUAUUCAUGGCGAUUUUCGUAACAGGAGUAAUAGGGAACGUGAUUGUGUGCGUCGUCAUUGUGAGACAUUCAUCAAUGCACACCGCAACCAAUUACUACUUAUUUAGUUUAGCGGUUUCUGACCUUAUUUUCCUGCUAGUUGGUCUUCCAUAUGAGAUGAGUCUAUUGUGGCAUCAGUAUCCAUAUCAAUUAGGAAUUGUUUUCUGCAAAUUGCGAGCAUUUGUAUCGGAAGCAUCGACUUAUGUAUCGGUUCUGACGAUAGUAGCUUUCACCAUGGAACGUUUUCUGGCCAUCUGUCACCCCCUUCACUUGUACACGAUGAGCGGUUUCAAGCGGGCAGUUCGCAUUAUUGGCGCAUUGUGGGUGGUGAGCUUUCUCAGUGCUGUGCCUUUUGGAAUAUUCACAAAAAUCGACUACAUCGACUACCCGCCUGACAACAGUACCAUACUGGAUUCCGCAUUCUGUGCCAUGCUCGAAAAUCCAGAAGGUUUCCCACUUUGGGAACUGUCGACAUGCAUCUUUUUCGUCGUUCCCAUGGUCGUCAUUGUGGUGUUGUACACAAGGAUAGGGCUCAGGAUACGUUCACGGACCCGUCACACUGUUGCUCUCGGUGUUCAGCAGGGAUCGGUUCAUAAUGAAUCCAGGCAGACACAGUCACGGAAAGCAAUCAUUCGAAUGCUAGCCGCUGUUGUUAUUACAUUCUUCGUGUGUUGGGUCCCAUUUCAUGCACAAAGAUUAUUGUUUUUGUACGGUCGCAACUGGGAUUAUUUUGAAAUCGUGAAUGAGUGGCUGUUUUUAUCCGGUGGAAUGCUCUAUUACAUCUCAUGCACAAUAAAUCCAAUUUUAUACAAUGUAAUGUCACAUCGCUAUCGCAUCGCAUUCAAAGAGACCCUCUGUGGACGGAAGGCGAGCUAUUUUCACAACAACGGCUUUUCCACCGACCACUCAAGCUUCAGGGAAACCACAAUUGUAGGCGGAUGCGAAAGUUCUCAUUUGAUACGUGUGAGAUCCCUAAUGCCCAGCAAGAGGUACUCACGGUACAAGGAGUCAAGAAAAAGAUUCUCCAGCAGUGUGAAGUGGAAGGAAAGAUUGGAUGUUGGUGAAGCAAUUAAGGAGGAGAAGAACCCCCAGGAGCUGAGUCAGAAGUCUGAUGUGGUUGUGGUAAUUGGGAACAGUAUCAACGGACGUCCCAAGUGUUACGCAACAGCGGUUUCUUCUGUGACCCCAAACACAGAUUCAACUGAGGCUGGAGGGUUCGUCGAUGGAGUGGAAAAGACCUCACCAUUGGGUCAACCGCUUCUCUCCACAUCAAACGGAAGUCACAGGAAUACCGACAGGGAACCCGAAGAGAGGGACGAGACGCGUAUUUAAUAAAUCUUUCAUUUAAAAUUCCACGAACUCGUCGUACCCUCAUCCCGCCCAUAUUGUCGUCUAAUCGCGCGCAGAAAAUCAUUAGCACAGCACAAGAACUCCCUUCCCCUCCCCCUCAUUCGUCUUUCUCACAGUAAAGCUAUAAGGGGGAGGGCAGCAGGGGAUCUUAUCAUGAUAAUAUCUUCCUUCUCAUCGUCACAUUUCCGCGCUAAAAGACUCGGAAAGAAAAAGAAUAAAGAAGCAAAAAAUAUGUGUGUACAUCUUAUCUCAAGAAUUUGUGUAAAGAUUUAGAAUGUAUUAUAACAUUUGUACUGUAAAAAUGAUAAGAGAGUCAGUGCAGAUGAGAAAAACGUGUGUAAUUGAAAUUAAACGUAUAAAAUGAAUUUAAUUUUGUGAUUCAAACUGUGAGAUUUUAUUGAGAAAAGUUGAAAUAAAAAUUAGCAAAGAAAAAGAUAUAUAAUAGAGAGAGCUUAAAAGACGGAAAAUAUAGUAAAAGCACUGGACAAAUAUAAAUUUGUACUUUGAAGCCAAAACUAUAUAUAUAAAAAUAGAUGAAAUGAGAUUAAAUUGAUGGUUAAACCACAGAAGCGGUAAAAGAAAA